AUGAGUCGUGUCUUAAGAUCUAGUAUCAGAGAAAAUAAGUCAGAACAAGUCAUACCUCGGAAACAACGAAAUGAAAGAGUUUUUUCUGUAACCCCCUCAGUAUCUUCCAGCUCAACGGGAACUUCAGGAAGUCGUCUCACUCAGCGAAGACGACCGAGUCCCCCUGAUUCUUGUAGAAACGUAACAUCUGUCGGUUGUGAAUCUUUUAACUUAAGAGAUCAAAGCAAUAUAUCGGAUAAAUUGAAUACUUCCCUUGACGAUCAAAAAGAAACCCAUCCACCUGUGGUAUUUGAUUCACAUAUUACACAAUGUAAGGUCAGUUUCUCAGCCAACUCUGCAACUCAGGUUGCGGAAUCAAGUCCACUGAUUGUUGGAAGAGCAAAUGAGAUCAGUCGUUUGACAUCUCUGAUUCAGUCUUGUAUAGACACGAAGAAAAGUGCUAGUUUCUAUGUAAGUGGGGCCCCAGGAACUGGAAAAACAGCAGUUGUUCUGAAUGUUGUUCAAAAUUUUAAAACGUUUGGCAAAUGUAAUACUGCUGUGAUUAAUUGUAUGCAAUUAACGUCAUGUGCAGAUAUUUUUGGACGAAUAUCUACCGUUUUAGAAGCUCACAAUGGCAAGGAAAAUAAUUUAAUUAGCGAUGCUGAUUCAUUGGAAUGCUUUUUGAAUCAACAACCACAAAAAAAGACCAUUAUCCUAGUUUUAGAUGAAGUUGAUCAGUUAUCUACGCGUAGUCAGAAGUUACUCUACAGAAUUUUCGAAUGGCCAUCAAAACUUACUUGUCACACCAUUGUUAUUGGAGUAGCAAAUGCCUUAGAUUUACCAGAGCGUCUGCUGCCACGUUUGAAAUCAAAAGUUUACAAACCUAUUCAUAUUAUAUUUCAACCAUAUUCACAAUAUGAGCUUGCUGAAAUUGUCCAAGCUCAUUUAUCCAAAUCAUCAAGUCGUGGACCAUGUAUAGAAGCUCUUGCUAUACAACUAUGUUCUAGAAAAAUUGCUGCUUCUACAGGGGAUGCACGUACUGCACUAGAUAUAUGUCGCAGGGCGAUUGAUUUAGCCCAUCAAGAUGCUCGGAUGAAAAACAUAUCUGACGCGUUUAUUCCUCAAAAGGUGGCGGCUGAUUCUCACAUUACACCUUCCAUCCAGCAUAUAAGUAGGGCUUUAAAGGAAUCUCAGGUUGAUUCUCCUCUUCCUGUUAAAUCGUUUACUGGCGUUAAUACAUUUACUACUAAUGGCUCUGAGCUGCCAUUACACCAUAAGCUUCUACUGGCUAGCUGUCUUCUGUUAAGAAAACAAAAAGGUUUACGUGAAUUAUCGUUUAGCCUACUUUAUGAUACGUACAUUCUUAUAUGUAAGAAAAAACAAAUUACAAGUUUAAAUGAAUCUGAACUCUCCGCUGUAUGCGAUCUUCUUGAUUCUCGUGGAUUUAUUCAACUUACUGGUCCGCGUUACUCAGUUAAAGCUACAGUGGGUACACCAGCACGUUUAAGACGUAUCCGAUUACGUUUAGAUGAUUGUGGUGUCCAACAAGCUUUGAUGGACGAUUUCUUGCUGUCAUCAGUAAUGGAUAUAAAAUUACAAAAGUAA